GUCAACUUGUUCAAGUCUACUCUCUCCCCCUCUCAGUCUCAUUUCUUGUGAUCUAUCUAUAACUCACUUGAUCAUCUACAGUGUCAAGGAAUAGUCAAGAUCCAUAAUUGCAGGUCAUCUUGUACCUGAUCAUCGAUCACUCGGUUCAAAUCACCGUCUUACCAGCAGAGAAACCGAAUUCUCUUGUUUGUCACGUACCAAGUCCCAGUCAACACGCGCACCAGAGGAAAAAAAAAACUUUCAUCCAGUCUACUGAACGAUUCUCCACUCCACAUUCAUUUCAUUUCCCCCUCCGCUUGGACUGCCGGUCGACGACUCGCCAUGCUUGCCCUCGCUUUGAUCCCCUUCGCGUUGGCGCCUUUGGCUUCUGCCCACAGAGGAUGCGGUGGCCACGAAAUUGGCAGAAGAAAUUUGGGCAUGAUGGAACCUCGUCAAGCUAGUCCAACGGACGAAGCCAGCGGUGCAGUGUCCAUCGACCCCGCCUUUGAGUGCUCCUACUACUCUUACGCCCCCGUAACCAACAUCAAAGCCAACUACCCCACUCCCUGGAUCGCUACUGGAGCCACUAUCCAACCCAACGAUCAAGCUGCCAUGUCCCUAUUCCAAACUAUCAACGCGACUGUCAAUGCAAAAUUCCCAAAUAUUCACCCCAAGGGAAACCCCAACGGAAGUUUCGUCGGUGUCCAAUACAACAACUCUGAUCCAGACUGUUGGUGGUCAUGGCAUCAAUGUGAUACUCCCGCCGCCGAUACCGGUCUCCAAGCGGAUAUCACCACUGUUCCCGAACCUUUGACUUGGGGUCUCGGUUUCGAUGACGGUCCCAACUGCUCUCAUAAUGCUUUGUACGAUUACCUCGCGGAGAACCAGCAACAUGCCACUAUGUUCUACAUCGGUUCCAACGUCAUGGACUGGCCUUUGCAAGCUCUGCGUGCGAUGAGUGAUGGUCACCAGAUCUGUGUGCACACAUGGUCUCACCAAUACAUGACUGCGUUUGACAACGAGCAAGUCUUUGCCGAACUUUACUACACCCGUCAAGUCCUCAAGGACCUGCUCGGUGUCACUCCAAAGUGCUGGCGACCACCUUACGGAGACGUUGACAACCGUGUCCGUGCAUUUGCUGCCGCUCUUAACCUCACGACGAUUGUCUGGUCAGACGACACAGAGGAUUGGCGAGAGGGCGUCGCCGCGGAUGAUGUCUCUCCUGCGGACGUCACUAGCAACUACCAAGCUGUCGUCGACAAGGUCGCCAACGGUACUUACGCGACUCACGGCCCUGUUGUGCUGAACCACGAAUUGACCAACUUCACCAUGUCUGAAUUCAUCUCUCAGUACCCUUCGAUCAAGGCUGCUUUCCAACACAUUGUCCCCCUCUGCACAGCCUACAACGUGACGCACCCAUACGAGGAAGAGGACAUUGUCUGCCCAGACUUUGCAUCUUAUGCCGCUGGAACCAAGAACGUUUCUUCUUCCACUCCCGACACUAGCUCCACCACCACCUCCAUGGGCUCCUCGGGAUCCAUGACGGGGUCCGCUACCGGCUCAGCCACUGGAUCAGCAACCGGUUCUCACUCUGCUUCCGCCUCGUCUUCCUCCAAGACUGGUGCUGCUUCUGCUCGGCUUCAGCUCGUCGGCCUUACUGGAGGAUGGACUGCCUUGAUAUUCGGAGGAGUUAUCGCAGGUGCUUUCGCCACGCUCUUCUAAGAGUGUCCACAUCGUCUAGUUAUGAACUAGUCACUUUCACGGACUUUGACUUUUCCCUUUCCCUGUAUCACGACAUGCGACAUGCAGGCAUUUGUUGACGCGAUG